GGGCGGCGCGCCCGCCCAUGACCCCAGCGCCGGGAGCUGCUCGCCCAGUGUCAGCAGAGCCUGGCCCAGGCCAUGACGGAGGUGGAGACCGUGCUCGGGCUGCUGGAGGCCGCGGGCGCGCUCAGCCCCGGCGAGCGGCGGCAGCUGGACGAGGAGGCGGGCGGCGCCAAGGCGGAGCUGCUGCUCAAGCUGCUCCUGGCCAAGGAGCGGGACCACUUCCAGGACCUGCGGGCGGCGCUGGAGAAGACGCAGCCUCACCUGCUGCCCAUUCUCUACCUGAACGGCGUCGUCGGGCCGCCGCAGCCCGCCGAGGGCGCCGGCUCCACCUACAGCGUCCUGUCCACCAUGCCCUCGGACUCGGAGAGCAGCAGCUCCCUCAGCAGCGUGGGCACCCCCGGGAAGGCGCCGUCCCCGCCACCCCUCCUCACGGACCAGCAGGUGAACGAGAAGGUGGAGAGCCUCUCCCUCCAGCUGCGGCUGAUGACGCGAGAGAGGAACGAGCUGCGCAAGCGCCUGGCUUUCGCAACACAUGGGACGGCCUUUGACAAAAGGCCCUACCACAGGCUCAAUCCCGACUACGAGCGGCUGAAGAUCCAGUGCGUGCGGGCCAUGUCGGACCUGCAGAGCCUGCAGAACCAGCACACCAACGCCCUGAAGAGGUGCGAGGAGGUGGCCAAGGAGACCGACUUCUACCACACACUCCACAGCCGGCUGCUGAGCGCCCAGACGCAGCUGAAGGACGACGUGGACAUGCUGAGGCGGGAGAACGGACAGCUGCUGCGGGAGCGUAACCUGCUGCAGCAGUCCUGGGAGGACAUGAAGCGGCUCCACGAGGAGGACCAGAAGGAGAUCGGCGACCUCCGGGCCCAGCAGCAGCAGGUGUUGAAGCACAACGGGUCAUCCGAGAUUCUCAACAAGCUGUACGACACGGCCAUGGACAAGCUGGAGGUGGUUAAGAAGGACUAUGACGCCCUGCGGAAGAGGUACAGCGAGAAAGUCGCCAUCCACAACUCAGACCUCAGCCGCCUGGAGCAGCUAGGGGAGGAGAACCAGCGGCUGCUGAAGCAGACGGAGAUGCUGACCCAGCAGAGGGACACGGCCAUCCAGCUGCAGCACCAGUGCGCCCUCUCCCUGCGGAGGUUCGAGGCGAUCCACCAUGAGCUGAACAAGGCCACGGCCCAGAACAAGGACCUGCAGUGGGAGAUGGAGCUGCUGCAGUCGGAGCUGACGGAGCUGAGGAGCACGCAGGUGAAGACAGCGAAGGAGUCCGAGAAGUACCGGGAGGAGCGGGACGCCGUGUACAGCGAGUACAAGCUCAUCAUGAGCGAGCGCGACCAGGUCAUCUCCGAGCUGGACAAGCUGCAGACCGAGGUGGAGCUGGCUGAGUCCAAGCUCAAGAGCAGCACGUCUGAGAAGAAGGCGGCCAGCGAGGAGAUGGAGGCGCUGCGGCAGAUCAAAGACACGGUGACAAUGGACGCAGGGAGAGCCAACAAGGAGGUUGAAAUCCUUCGAAAGCAGUGCAAGGCUCUGUGCCAGGAGCUGAAGGAAGCCCUCCAGGAGGCAGACGUGGCCAAGUGCCGGCGAGACUGGGCCUUCCAAGAGCGAGACAAAAUCGUGGCGGAGCGUGACAGCAUCCGGACACUGUGCGACAACCUGAGGCGGGAGCGGGACCGGGCGGUGAGCGAGCUGGCCGAGGCCCUGCGCAGCCUGGACGACACUCGCAAGCAGAAGAACGACGUCAGCCGCGAGCUCAAGGAGCUCAAGGAACAGAUGGAAUCCCAGCUGGAAAAGGAGGCCCGGUUCCGGCAGCUGAUGGCCCACAGCUCCCACGACUCAGCCAUCGACACGGAUUCCAUGGAGUGGGAAACGGAAGUCGUGGAGUUCGAAAGGGAGACGGAGGAGGUUGACUUGAAGGCGCUGGGGUUCGACAUGGCGGAAGGCGUGAAUGAGCCUUGUUUCCCCGGGGACUGUGGCAUAUUUGUCACCAAAGUGGACAAAGGAAGCAUUGCUGAUGGCCGCUUAAGGGUCAACGACUGGCUGCUGAGAAUCAAUGACGUGGACCUCAUCAAUAAGGACAAGAAGCAGGCCAUCAAGGCUCUGCUCAACGGAGAGGGGGCCAUCAACAUGGUCGUGCGGCGGAGGAAGUCCCUGGGCGGGAAGGUGGUGACGCCGCUGCACAUCAACCUCAGCGGACAGAAAGACAGCGGCAUCAGUCUGGAGAACGGAGUGUACGCCGCCGCCGUGGUGCCCGGAAGCCCUGCUGCCAAAGAAGGGUCUCUUGCCGUGGGAGACAGGAUUGUGGCGAUCAACGGCAUUGCACUGGACAACAAGUCUCUGAACGAAUGUGAAUCUCUGCUGCGCAGCUGCCAGGGCGCCCUGACCCUCUCCCUCCUGAAGGUGUUCCCUCAGAGCUCCUCGUGGAGUGGCCAGAACAUCUUUGAGAACAUCAAGGACUCCGAUAAGAUGCUGAGUCUCCGUGCCCAGGGCCCGGAGGUCCAGGCUCACAGCAGGCGGAACUUGACGCAGCACAGCAGCUCCACGCAGACGGACGUCUUCUGCGAAGACGGGCUGGAGGACAGGAGGGAGCUGGGCCCCCCGGGAGGCAGCAGCCCCUUCCUGCACAAGCCGUUCCCGGGAGGGCCGUUUCAGGUCUCCCCGCAGGCCUGCCCCAGCGCCUCCGAGCGUAGCCUGAGCUCCUUCCGCUCAGACGCCUCCGGGGAGCGGGGCUGCGGGCUGGCGGACGCUCGAGGCCGGCGGCCGCUGCUGCCCUUCGAGACGGAGGGGAGCCCCUGUGGGGCGGGGGAGGCCCCGCUGGAUAAGCCGGACUCCGAGGGCUCCAACAGCGGCGGGACCUGGCCCAAGGCCGUGCUCGGCUCCGCGGCGGGGCCUGAGAAGCUCUCCGUUUACAAGAAGCCAAAGCAAAGGAAGUCCAUCUUUGACCCUAACACUUUCAAACGCCCCCAGACACCCCCGAAAAUAGACUACCUGCUCUCAGGCCCUGGGCCUGCUCACUCCCCCCAGCCCUCCAAGAGGGUGGGGCCUCUGACACCCCCAAAACCUCCCAGGAGGAGUGACUCCAUUAAGUUCCAGCACAGGCUGGAAACUAGCUCCGAGUCAGAGGCCACUCUGGUGGGCAGCUCCCCUUCCACCAGCCCUCCGGGCGCCCUGCCCCCCGACACGGACCCCGGGGAGCCCAUGCACGCGUCGCCCCCGCGCAAGGCCAGGGUCCGCAUCGCUUCCAGCUACUACCCCGAAGGGGAUGGGGACUCCUCCUUGCCAGCGAAGAAGUCCUGUGACGAGGACCUCACCUCCCAGAAGGCGGACGAGCUGGGGCAGAAGCGGGGCCGGCCCAAGUCUGCUCCCAGUUUCCGGCCCAAGCUUGCUCCGGUUGUGAUUCCUGCUCAGUUCCUGGAGGUAGAGGAGCAGAAGUGCGCCCCAGCCAGUGGAGAGCUCUCCCCAGAGCUCCAGGAGUGGGCGCCGUACUCGCCAGGGCAUUCCGGCCGGCACAGCAAUCCCCCGCUGUACCCCAGCAGGCCAUCUGUGGGCACCGUUCCCCGGAGUCUGACCCCCAGCACCACAGUGAGCUCCAUCCUGCGGAACCCCAUCUACACUGUGCGCAGCCACAGGGUGGGCCCCUGCAGCUCUCCACCCGUGCCCCGCGACGUCGGCCCUCAGGGUCUGCUUCCCAGCCAGCACCAGGGACGCCUGAGCCUGGACCUGAGCCACAGGGCCUGCAGCGACUACUCCGAGAUGAGAGCCACCCACGGGUCCAACUCCCUGCCCUCCAGCGCCCGCCUUGGGUCUUCGGGUAACUUGCAGUUCAAGGCGGAACGCAUUAAAAUCCCAUCCACGCCGAGAUACCCCCGCUCCGUCGUGGGCUCCGACAGAGGGUCUGUGUCGCACUCGGAAUGCAGCACCCCUCCGCAGUCGCCCCUGAACAUCGACACCCUGUCCGCGUGCAGCCAGUCCCAGACCUCAGCCUCCACGCUGCCCAGGAUCGCCGUCAACCCCGCGUCCCUCGGGGAGCGGAGAAAGGACAGAUGUCUCUACCACCACAGAUCUCUCCUGAGGCUGCCCGUGGCUGCCAGGCCCCGGUCCUCCUCCCUGAGGAGUCUGAGGCCUUAUGUGGAGGAGCCGCGGCACGUGCGGGUGCAGAAGGGCUCGGAGCCGCUGGGCAUCUCCAUCGUGAGUGGAGAGAAGGGCGGCGUCUACGUCUCCAAGGUGACCGUGGGGAGCAUCGCGCACCAGGCCGGCCUUGAGUACGGGGAUCAGUUGCUGGAGUUCAAUGGCAUAAACCUGCGGAGCGCCACAGAGCAGCAGGCCCGGCUCAUCAUCGGGCAGCAGUGUGACACCAUCACCAUCCUGGCCCAGUACAACCCCCACAUGCACCAGCUCAGCAGCCACUCCCGGUCCAGCUCCCACCUGGACCCUGUUGGCACCCACUCCUCUUUCCAGGGCAGUGGUUCCACCACCCCAGAGCACCCUUCUGCCAUCGAUGCGCUGACGAAGCAGGACGAGGGCCCUGGCACUCCCCCGGCCAAGCAGAGCACCCCCAGCUCCAGGAUUGCGGGAGAUCCCAACAAGAAGGCCCUGGAGCCACGCGUUGUCUUCAUCAAAAAGUCCCAGCUGGAGCUUGGGGUGCACUUGUGCGGUGGGAACCUGCACGGGGUGUUUGUGGCCGAGGUGGAGGAUGACAGUCCUGCCAAGGGUCCUGAUGGCCUCGUGCCAGGGGACCUCAUCCUCGAGUAUGGCAGUCUGGACGUGCGGAGCAAGACGGCGGAGGAGGUCUACGUGGAGAUGCUGAAGCCCAGGGACGGCGUCCGCCUGAAGGUGCAGUACCGCCCCGAGGAGUUCACCAAGAUCAAGGGCCUGCCUGGCGACAGCUUCUACAUCAGGGCCCUGUACGACCGGCUGGCAGAGGUGGAGCACGAGCUGAGCUUUAAGAAGGACGACAUCCUCUAUGUGGAUGACACCUUGCCCCAGGGCACGUUUGGGUCCUGGAUGGCGUGGCAGUUGGACGAGAAUGCCCGGAAGAUCCAGCGCGGGCAGAUUCCCAGCAAAUACAUGAUGGACCAAGAAUUCUCCAGGAGGCUCAGCACGUCCGAGGUCAAAGACGACAAUAGCGCCACAAAGACGCUGUCGGCGGCCGCGCGCCGGUCCUUCUUCCGGAGGAAGCACAAGCACAAACGCAGCGGGUCCAAGGAUGGCAAAGACCUCCUCGCCUUGGACGCCUUUUCCAGCGACUCCAUUCCACUCUUUGAAGAUUCUGUGAGCCUGGCCUACCAGCGGGUCCAGAAGGUGGACUGCACCUCCCUGAGGCCUGUGCUGAUCCUGGGGCCUUUGCUGGACGUGGUGAAGGAGAUGCUGGUGAACGAGGCUCCUGGCCAGUUCUGCAGAUGCCCGCUUGAGGUGAUGAAGGCCUCCCAGCAGGCCAUUGAGCGGGGCGUCAAGGACUGCCUGUUUGUCGACUACAAGCGGAGGAGCGGACAUUUCGAUGUGACCACGGUGGCCUCGAUCAAGGAGAUCGCAGAAAAGAACCGACACUGCCUCCUGGACAUCGGCCCGCACGCCAUCGAGCGGCUGCACCACAUGCACAUCUACCCCAUCGUCAUCUUCAUCCACUACAAGAGCGCCAAGCACAUCAAGGAGCAGAGAGACCCCAUCUACCUGAGGGACAAGGUGACUCAGAGGCAUUCCAAAGAGCAGUUUGAGACGGCGCAGAAGAUCGAGCAGGAGUACGGCAGGUACUUCACAGGGGUCGUCCAGGGAGGAGCCCUGUCGAGCAUUUGCACUCAGAUCUUGGCCAUGGUCAGUCAAGAGCAGAACAAAGUCCUGUGGAUUCCAGCCUGUCCGCUCUAGGAGAACGCUGUGCUGUGAAAUGACCGCGCCGGCCACUGGUGUGAGUGAGUGCCUGGCUCCGCUCCUUUCUAGCCACUGGAAAUCCCAUCUGUCCGUGUACAGACUUGCGGGGAAGGAUCCAGACCCAGGACUGCAGGAGCACCACCUUCGCAGACGGAGGGCCGCGGCCCCACGUGGUGGGCCCAGGCCGGCGGACUCUGCCUCUCUCACACGCGUGCUUUAAGACAAAACAAAACAGAAAACACAAAAGACUUUACAUAGAGGGGUUCAACACCCACCUUUCUUUAGCCAGCCGAUCCGAGAUGCUGCAAAGAGGACCUUUCAGAUCACACGUUUACAAGCCUUUCUAAGUAUUGGGUGGUUUAUGUUUACUUGAACGGCCCCGGGCUCCGGUGCCCGGCCCCUGCCCCCUCUGUCAACCCCUCCCGUGGCUUUGGUGUUGGCUUUGUUCCUGUCUUCCGCAAAAGGACCCUGGAACCUCACCGGGGGCUGCUUUGCUUUGGGAGGUUCUCGUCAGUGGGACCAGAGCUUUGACAGACUCCCUGCUCCUCGGGGGCACCUCUCCUGGAAGGACGGCAUGACCGCCGGUGGCGGCAGAACCAGUGCCUUUGUGGGGCCGACUUGCCGGCAGCGGCGCUUUCCUCCUGCACUGGGGAGGGCUGCCGUGGCCACCUUUCCACCUCGCCUCCCAGCCUUCCUCUCCUGCCUUCCAUGGCCUCUCGUCCCUUCUCCGUCUGUGUUUAUGACUUAGGCGUUGUGUCUGGUCCCUCAGAGCCGCACGGGGUCACAAGGACACCGCUGGGUUCUGGGCCGGGUGUCAGGCCGGAGCCGAUGCAUGCCGUUGGGUCCUCCUUAGGUCCUGUUAGUCCUGACAGCCUUUAUCAGUGCAAUGUCUGCAGGGUAAUUCUUAAACUUUAUAGAGAGUGGCAGGAACAUCAGUUCCUUUGAUAUGAAAACAUUCAUGUUUCGGACUUUGAAUCGAGAGCUUUUAGGGAAAGCGUAAUGGUUAGUGUUGUCACUAUCAAAAAUCUAAAAAGGAAAACUGGGAUCUUCUAAUGUUGGUUACAGCACUCAUGGCAUGACCCCUUACUCCAUGAAGGUGUCUUUGUUUGGGGGCUUUUUUUUUUUUUUUUGCACUUCUGAUGCUGGAUAUGUCUGGCUGAAGAUUUGAUGUGGUUUCUCCUUAAACUGUGCGUCCUGUUAAUACUAGGUACUGUACUGGGCUCUGUUUUAUGUGUCCUUGGGGUAGGAUCUAUAUUUUAAUACUGUUCCUAACAUUUCAUUUUACUAGCAAGAAAUUUCUGAUUUCAUUUUAUUCUUUGUAAUUCUAGACGCUAGAUGGUAGUUUAGCCAUUAACUGACAUUUUUAAAAAAGGGAUAUAUUUUCUUGCACAGUUGUUCAAAAAAGAGACAAGUUUCAGUCCUCAAUGCUGUCCUUUGUUUUUAUAGGUACACGUUUUCUAGCUCAGACAACUGAGGAAAACUGUAGACUAUUCUCGAGGUAUUCAGUGGCGCACCCUCUGGGGCAGGGCUCGGGUGACGAUGGUGCAGUGUGCACAGACAGGUACUGAGCUGACAGACUGGCAUUCUCCGUACUACAAUGUUACUUUGUAUCAAAAGUUAAACAGACUUUAGUACAACAAAUAAAGGUCAAUUUCUGUAA